GUUCAUCUUGACAGUGUGCUCUACAGUUGUUGGGAAACAUGGUUCUGAACAUUCCCGGUGUGGUUGCAGUGGUGGUGUUCUACAUCCUGAUUCUGGGGACAGGGGUGUGGGCUGCCCAAAAGUCAAGAAAGGCUGAGAGGAAGAGCCAUGGAGACCGGACUGAGGCGAUGCUCCUCGGAGGCAGGAGUAUCAGCCUGCUGGUCGGGAUUUUUACCAUGACUGCUACCUGGGUUGGAGGUGGAUUUAUCCUGGGUGUGGCUGAGGCUGUGUACUCUCCUAAAAUGGGCUUAAUAUGGGCUCUUAUGCCCCUACAAUACUCAAUGUCUUUCAUUAUAGGUGGUCUUUUCUUUGCAAAGCAAAUGAGGGAUAAGGAGUAUGUCACCAUGAUGGACCCUUUCCAGAUAAAGUAUGGCAAAGUUCUCAGCACUGCUCUGGUGCUACCAGCGCUGCUGGUGGAUGUGCUGUGGGUAUCCUGCACUCUGCUUAGCUUAGGAGCAACUAUGACUGUGAUACUGGACAUGCCCUAUGUCUAUUCUGUUUGGAUCUCAUCAGCUGUGGCCAUCAUUUACACUUUGUUGGGAGGCCUUUAUUCAGUGGCCUACACUGAUGUCAUCCAGCUCUGUCUAAUUUUCUUCAGUUUGUGGUUGUGUGUCCCCUUCCUGCUGCUCAAUCCCUCAUCGACCAGCAUUGCCCAGACUGCUUUCAACCACACGUUCCAAGAACCCUGGGUCGGCACUCUGCAGCAGGACCAAGUCUGGAAGUGGAUUGAUGACUUCUUAAUGAUCGGUCUUGGUAGUCUUUCAUUUCAGUGCUUCCACCAGAGGACGCUGUCUGCCUGCUCAUCAAGAACAGCCCAGCUCACCUGCUACGCUGCUGCGCUUGCCAUCGCCAUACUGGGAAUCCCUUCAGUCUUAGUUGGGGCGAUUGCCGCCUCCACAGACUGGAACCUGACGGGCUAUGCUUCCCUAUCACCAGACAAGCGUGUUGAACCUAGUUUGGUCCUGCCCCUGACUCUACAGUACCUCACUCCCCCUUACAUCUCAAUCAUUGGAAUCGGAGCUGUGGCCGCUGCUGUGAUGUCAUCAACAGACUCCGCCCUGUUGUCUGCAACCACUGUUUUCUCUUCAAACAUCUACAAGAACAUCCUGCGCAAACAGGCAUCAGACAAUGAAAUGCAAUGGGUGAUUCGGGUGGCAGUGGUGGUGGUGGGUUUGGUUGGGACAUCCAUAACGUUCUUCACCAGCAGCCCCCUGGUCCUCUGGAUUCUUGGAGCAGACGCCUCCUACACCCUAAUAUUCCCCCAUCUGGUGUCUGUGCUCUUCUUUAAAGUGACGAAUGGUUACGGUGCCACAAUGGGUUACAUCACAGGCCUGACAGUAAGGAUCUUGUUGGGGGAGAAAAAUGUAGGUCUUCCUGUGGUUCUUCAUCUUCCUGGUUGCACUUUGGAAGAUGGCGUCUACGUCCAGAAGUCUCCUAUCAGGACGGUCACGUUGCUCUGCACUUUGGGGACCAUUUUAUUUUUCUCCUUAUUGGCUUCGUUUGUCUUUAAUCGUGGCCUGUUGCCUGAGAGUUGGGACAUUUUCAAAGUCAAAUGUAAUGUCACUGUGUCACAUGCGGUUCCCGUCAUUCAGAAUCCCAAAGAAGAAAUUGGGAGUGAUGCCGAGUGUGACGAGAACACACAUGGAGUAGCCUUACAGCCAAUGCUGCAGACUGGGUCGUAAUCGUGUCUUUCCUUUUGAAAAACUGCUGUCCUGAAGAGUAUUAUGUUCCUGAUCAGGGUCGAGCAGAUCACUGAAAAGUCUUUAAAAAGGUCUUACAUUUAGCUUUUGUUAUUCAAGGUAUAGAAAAUGUCCGGAAUUGUAGGACAGGCUACAAUUAGUUUUUUGGUACUACUCUGGAUUUCUCCCUGCUGCUUCAGGGCGUUGUAUCCCUAAUGUUAUCUUACAGACAUUUUUCGCACCACCUCUCUUCCCCUGUCCGUGCUCACCGGCCUCCGUGUAGGGCAUCUUUGCAGGUCGGCAGCUGCUUCUUUUGUGCAGAAGCAGCGUUGCAAGCAAACCCCAUGCCACGAACUGAUUUCCUCCUGUCAUUACUUUUGUAGCAGUAAGAAUGUAUUAUUCUUAGGAGGGCAUUUUGCUAUAUCCCCAUUUACAAUCUGCUGCAUGUCAGAAUGUUCAAAUUUUUUUUUUAAAGUAAUAUUCACAAUCCCUUUUUGUUGGUUUGCAUCUUUGCCAACUUUUCACCGCUUGGGGGUUGUCCCUGUCUAUGUACAUUUGAUAGUUAAUGUAGAAGGACAUGUUUUUCCCAUUAAUCUGGGUUUACCCCUAUACAGUUGUGUUUUCUUAAUGGGAAGGCACUGAUGUUAUCUAUUUGAAUCUAUUGUGCACUGAAUAUUUCAGUAAAUCACAUGAAGUGUGAAGAUCUUUUUUUGCUGCAGCCAUGUAGUAAUAUUAUUACAUGUUUCCUUUUAGAGGUAUUAAUAAAAUGGUCUCAAAUAUGAACUGACUGUACAAAUUGUGCAGAUUUGUAAGUGUUUAUAGAAAAUUGCAGGUUAAAGUUUCACUCAAAUGCUUCAAAAUAAAAGCAUUGCAAUGAAAUAAUUAUUUCCUCUGAGAUGCUACAGGGCUGUUUAAUUUGAAACACAAACAGGAAGUUUACAGGAAAUGUAACAGGGAGAUAGUGUAGAUUACAAUAUCAGAAAGUCUAGAAUAGGACUAGAAACAGAGGUCUAUCUGUGACACAAAGCUGCUCCCAUUAAUGCUUGGGGCCCUCGUCAGUUAAAGGAAACUGAAAUCGUUGUUUCGUAUAUUAUAUUAGAAAGAGCAACUGGCAAUUCAUUCUGGCCAACUCAUGAACUACUAAUGAACUCAAGUGUCGUCCCCCCCCCCCCACCCCACCCCUCGACAACCUGUUGUGGAAACCAUAGAUGUAUAGAAGCCUUGUUUAUACUGUCUACUUGGAGGACGAAUUCCAUGUGACUUAGUUCCCUAUGCCACCUCUGUUAUCUAAGUAACCUCAACAAAUUGGCUGUACCUACACAUCCAGGGAUCAUAAAAACGACCUCUUCUGACACAAUUUUCACGCCAUGCGCCAAUAUAACCCAUUCUUUCUAGAUGACUAUGUGAUUCCAUUUGAUAUUAGUCUAUUUUGUCUCUCGGGUAUGAUUUGGUCUUUUUGUCUAUAUUCAAGUAAGUGUGAUUAUAUCCUCGUUGACACAAUUCCAUGUUGUCUUUUUAAUCGUGUCCGUGUAAGUGCAUAAAAUGAAGAUUCAUUUGUAAUUUAGUUUUGUGUAACAACACACUCUUUUAGUACAACCUGCGACUCAGAUUUAUGUUUACUUCUAUACAGUAAUUAUAAUAAAAGUAUCUGCCUCAUGUGUUUUGUGCAGAAACUGAUA